UUCAAAAGCUCUGUUUGAGCCUCUCUCUUUUACUUUCUUCUCACUCACAUUCCGCCACUUCCCAAAUCCACACAUAACAUGACAGUCGAAUCAGUUAUCCAGCUCAGCUGCAGCUGCAACCAGUAUCCCUGGGGAAAGCAGGGUCAUGACUCUAUUUCCGCACGCCUCUGCGAAAAGACUCCCGGUUGGGAUGGCGAAAAGGCCGAUAAGGAAUUCAAGAUUGAUGACAGCAAGGCUUACGCCGAGAUGUGGAUGGGCACAUACCCCGUUCUUCCCUCGUACGUAAAGUCGAACAUGGAGGACCUGCAGAAGGUUAUCGACAAGAACGCCGAGCAGCUCAUCGGCAAAAAUGUCAUUGACAAGUUCGGGCACACCAACCUUCCCUUCCUGCCCAAGGUCCUCUCCAUCGCAAAGGCUCUUCCUCUCCAACUACACCCCAACAAGGAACUUGCUGCCAAGCUACACAAGGAGGACCCCCAGAACUUCACCGACCCAAACCACAAGCCCGAAAUUGCUCUUGCUCUGUCCAAGUUCGAGGCCUUCUGCGGUUUCAAGCCUCUCGAUCGCAUUGAGCCUCUCUUCAAGAUCGAUCCCUUGAAGCAGUUUGUCCCUGAGCACUCCAAAUUUGAUGACGAAGUUCUCAAGAAGACCGUAAACACUAUGCUCAAGGCUGACGAGAAGACUGUUGCCUCUGCUGUUGAUGGCUUGAAAAAGCUUGACAAGUCCUCGUUUGGUCAGGACACAUACAUUCCAGAACUCAUUCCCCGUCUGGCUGAGCAGUAUGACAAGACCGACAACGGUAUCUUGGUCGCUCUCGUUACUAUGAACUACCUUGUGCUUCAAGCUGGCGAGGGUAUCUACAUCCCUGCAGAUGGCAUCCACGCCUACCUUGCAGGCGACAUCAUCGAGUGCAUGGCUCGCAGCGACAACGUCCUCAACACUGGUUUCUGUCCUCAGGCUGAGCGUAACUCUGCUGACCUUUUCACAUCCACCCUGACAUUCAAGCUUCACGACCCUGAGUCUUGUAUGCUGCGUGGCGAGUCAUAUGACCGUAGCAAGAACGGCAAGACACAAGUCUACAGACCCCCUAUGAGCGAGUUCAACAUGCUUGUGUCGCGACUUGGCAAGGGCGAUAAGGAGACUCUUGGUGCUGUCAAUGGCCCUAGCAUCUUGCUCGUUACCGAAGGUAAGGGCAAGUUCACCGCCAAGGGCAAGUCAUACGAUGUAUCCGAGGGCAACGUCUUCUUCAUUGCCCAAGGAACCGACCUCGAGAUUGACGCCGAGGAUGGUCUCUUCUUGCAUACCGCAUACUGCGAGUAGAAAAAACCGCCCUCAUGCCUUUUGAUGAUUGACGUUUGAACAUGCCUUUGUAUUGGUACACAGCCCUUUCGGAAGUUUUUAGCUAGAUUAAUGACAACAAUUGUAUCUACAUACACCUUC